CACACUUCCUCAGGGCCUGCUCGUACGCAACGCCAGUAGUCUGUGUGUGUGUGUAUGUGUGUCUGUGCAUGUGUGUUGAAAAGAAGCGUUGUGUGCUAGUGCGCAAAGACAUUGGAUGUCAAUGUGUUGCGGACAGUUGUAGAUUUCAUGUGACUUGACCCAUUGACCCGAAAGACCUGCAGGACUACUCGCAUCAUCUGUGAUUUAAGCGAACAAAUAAGUCCCAUUCUGGAACCACGUGGUGGUUCGGUGACAGGUUUCCGCAUAUUUCGAAGACCCUAAGCAACUGCUGUUUUCAUGUGAUUCUUUCACUCCAGUGAUAGAGAGUGUUUAACUGAUACGUCCUACGAUCCAUCCGUUUGUACCUGUGUACCCAAGAACUGAAUGGUGAAAGAGCCUCAGAGCAGUAGCAGUGUGAAUUAUUUGCACCUAGUCAGUUCGUUCUGUUUGGCAUCCACAUUGUUUGACCUUUGCGAAGAUUGCUGCAAAAUGGCCUGUCUCCCACAGUCAGCAUUCGCAGUGCACAAGAUCCGGCAGGCGCAGAACGACAAGGAUCUCACCGUUGCUCGUAUGACGGGUGAUAAGCAAGGUCCGAGAUAUUUAAACAAGAAUAUACUCGAUCUGACACCGGUCAAGUACAAUGGGAAGCUGAUGAACAGCAUCUGGGGCUUGUACAAUCGCUACUCGCCACAUAACUUCAAGAAAAACAAUGGAUCUUACGGUGGUUUCUUUGGCAUGCAACAGCCAUUUGCUGUUGCAUGCUCUCCACUGGAGAAAGAAACACCGGUAACCAAUCCAGCCGACCAGAAUUAGAUUGGAACACAUACUGUCUAGGCGAGAUCUUCCGUUUCUUGAUCAGAAAUAUAGUGUGUAGAAUCUUGAUUGUGAUUUAUUGGAAUAAUAAACGGUUU